AAGAAAUCUCAAUGUUCCUGCGGAGAAUUGCUGCCCUACAGUGUGUGUGUUUGAGAGUGUAUUUAACAUGUUUGCUUGGGAACAGUUGUCCCUUACCAGGUUGCAUUCCUGCUGCAUAUCAUCAUCAUCAUUGGCUCUUCUGCUAAUGCUUUGGCUUCUGUUACUCCGAGUAUGUUUAAGGCUACAUUCAAAAGCAGAUGCAUGGAAAAAAAAUUCAAGGUAUAACGAGUUGGGAAUACCAGAUUUGUCUAAUUAGCACAGCUCAAAGGGGUUAAAAAUGGAGGGAUUAUGUGAAGAUGAGGAUUAAAUAGAUUAGAGAGUUGAGCUUCAGUAAAGGAGGAGGGAGGCUCAUUGAGUUGGGGGGGGACAUCAGUUGAGGUGAUGCUCCAUUCUUAUCCUCCUCCCAUGGGGUGAGUGGGAUGUCAACAAGGUCCAGUGCCAGCUGCCAAACUUACACUCCAGCCCAGCAGCACAUUAGCAUCUCAUCUACUGCGUCCAGCCCCCUUUACCACUCCACACCCAGCCACCCAGCUCUUAGGCUUUGGGGCCAUGGGGAUUGCCUUUUUAGGAGACACCUGAUCACAGCUGAACUCGCCACCACCCAACACAAAGAAACUGUGGCUGAUAACGUGUUGCUUUCGUAUGUGUGUGCAUGCCAAUUCUUGGUACUGGGAGACAACUGAUGAGAAACUAGAAGAGAGCUCUGCCAAGGGGGAAGGUGGAACAGCUAUUAUGUAGCAGAGAGUAGCUCCACGUCAGGAUGUUUUUGGGAAAAAGAGUUUCUUCUGUCCUCAUUGUUCUGUGACCGUGCAUCUGUUAAGGUGGUGAAGAAGACUUGCAGCUGAAAAGAGAUCAGAUUUUGGCAUUUUGUUUAUGCCAGGAGCCAUCUAAAUCCCACAAGGAGAGAAGAUCAUUCUUUCUGUGAUUAUCUGUGUGUGCUGAACGUGAGCAGAGGUCAAAAUCAUGGAGAAAUUCAAGGCAGGCAUGAUUCUGGGCGCUGUUGGUGAUGCCUUGGGCUACAGAAAGGGUCACUGGGAAAGCUGCCCCUCAGGCAAGAAGAUCCAAGAGGAACUGGCCUCUAUGGGGGGACUGGGGGCCCAGAAACUGGACCAUGAUAACUGGCCCGUGAGUGAUGCAACGCUGAUGCACAUGACCACAGCAGAAGCUCUUAUAACAGAUUACUGGUGUCUGGAGGAUCUGUACCGGGAGCUGGUGCGUCUCUAUGUGGAAGCCAUGGUGUCUCUCCAGGGCAGAGCCCCCGAUCCUGCCACAGUGGAGGGCUUUGUUCACCUCAAACCUCACAACUUUCUGCUCGCCUGGCAUACACCAUUCAAUGAAAAAGGAUCUGGGUUCGGGGCUGCUGCCAAGGCCAUGUGUAUUGGUAUGAGAUACUGGCAACCUGAGAGAUUAGAGAACCUGGUGGAAGUCAGCAUUGAGAUUGGCAGAAUGACUCACAACCACCCCACAGGUUUCCUAGGAUCCCUGACAACUGCACUGUUUGCAUCUUAUGCGAUCCAGGGGAAACCUCUUGGGACAUGGGGCCGUGAACUCAUGAAGGUCAUCCCUCGGGCUGAGGAGUACUGCAGGAAGACCAUACGACACAUGGCAGAGUAUCAAGAAAACUGGUUCUACUUUGAAGCCAAGUGGCAGUUUUACCUAGAAGAGAGAGAGAUAGACAAGGAAGGACAGAACAAACCUUUAUUCCCUGAUCGCUAUGAUGCUGAGGAGACAGACAAGAUAUACAAGCGCUGGAGCUCAGAGGGCCGUGCAGGCCGAAGAGGCCAUGAUGCCCCCAUGAUAGCCUACGAUGCUCUUCUAGCAGCAGGGAGUGACUGGGCUGAACUGUGUAAACGAGCCAUGUUUCACGGAGGUGAGAGUGAAGCCACGGGUCUGAUCGCAGGUUGUCUCUAUGGCCUCAUGCAUGGCCUGAGCCAGAUUCCUUCAGGCCUGUACCAGGAUUUGGACAAACGAGAGCGCCUGGAGGAGCUGGGAGAAGCACUUUACAAAGCAGCCUCUGCAGAAAAGUGCAUAGACAAACCAGAUUCUCGGAAAACCAGUAUCAGCCCUGAUGCCGGUAUGUUGAGGAAGUUGGUUAGAGACCACAACUGCCGCCCUGUGGUCCGAGGGAUUCUGGAGAGUCUGCUGCAUUAUCUAACACAGGAACUUCCCAAAUGGACCAGCAGAAACAGACAUCUGGAGAAGCCAGGGUCGGAUAUUGUAGUUGAAGUCAACACAAAUUCAAUGAAGCAGACUCAACUUCGGCCAAGUUGCACUAAAAUUCAGCUCCCUGACAAGCAUAAAACAACCCAAGUAAAGACUGUUGAGACCAUUUCCAAGAUCCCUAAAAAAUGCUGGUCAGAUUCACAAAAAGAUCAAAGACCAGGAGAUUUAAUACCCCGGCGGAUUACUACAUUCCAGCUACUCCAAUCCAAAUUUAUGAGGUCCACACCCAAACCUCCCAUCACGCACCAAAGGGAGGUAGGAACUUUGUCCACCAGCAGAGGAGUGGCUGGUGAUGUGAACCACAGCCAAGACAGUGAGAAUAAUAAGCACAAGAAGGACUGGACAAGAAGACAACAAGCACUGAAGAGGGGAGGCGGUGUGAAAGAUAUUGUAGCUAAGUUUGCCAUGGCUGAGCAAAAGGAAAAGAAAGAAAAUGUGCUGAAGAAACAGCCAGUCAAACCAAGACUCAUUGGAAGAGGGGUCCUCUUAUCGUCCCUGAUGGAGAGGUUUGAGACCAUGGCUACUGUAUGUAAGGGAAGUGACCUGAAAUGUUCACAUGAAAGGCCCUCUGGAGGAGUCAAGAUGGCAAGUAAUAUAAAACAGAGGGUUGCUUAUUGUGAAAGACAACAGGAACAGGUGGUGGUUCAAACUGUUCACAAACAAAACCUGCACAAGCAGAUGAAACGUGAAUGUGUUGGACAGCAGUUGAAAGGAAAUCAAACUACAAAUGAGCAAGAACAAAGACCAGAGGAGGUAGUGGAAGUUCCAACAAAAGUAAACUCAAACCUGGAAGAAAAUGGUCAUGUGAAAGCAGACCAAAUGAGGCAAAUGGGGGACAAACAUUUGGAUAAAAAACCUGAAGGUCAUUGUUCAUUAAAUAAUUUACAAGCUCAUGUUCAUGAUAAGGAUGUUAAGGGUUGGAGGUCAGGGGAAUAUGGUGAAAUUCAGACAACAGUAGAAGAAACUGGUAUCACCAACAGGCUAAAACAUGGACAUCUAGAGCUGCUCUGUUUAACAUCUGUCACCAAGAUGUCGCUCCCAGAACCCUACCAGCUUUUACCACAGGUAGAUGCCCAAGUGAACUGGCAUGUGGCAACCAUCAUGACCUGCCCUCCCGUGUGGUCCACAUGUGUAGAUUCCUCACCUAAACUCAAUUUAAUGGAACCAUCAGAAAGUUUACACACAAACCUGAAGACAGAAGUUCCUCACAGAGCCCUACAAUACUCUCACAGUGAAUCAAGUGUGGAUGAAUCUGUCACUGAUGCAAGAUGCCUUUUAGAGCCCAAACCUGAGAGAUUUUCUACAUAUACAGGCAAUGACCCUGUGGAAAAUGUAGCAGCAGAAGAUCCAAACCCAACUAAAGAUGUGACCAUUCAAAGAAGGUUACCCAUGUACAUUAUCCCAUGUGUUUACAGAUUUGAUAAUCAAGAUGUUGACGAUCAGACUGAAUCUUUCCCUCAAUCAGCACCGCACCCAGAAACUGUAACUCCUUUUGUUGCAAUGCCAUCACCAAAGCACUCUAUGACUACCCUCCUUAGUCCUAAUAACAUGAAGGUACAAGCUCCUCAUACAACAACAAAACAGAAACCAAUGGAGGGUAAAGCACAAGGAAAAGAAGAAGGGGAGCCAGAAGAAGAAGAAGUAACACCAGUGGACAUAAAAGAUACUAGUAUGACCCAAAGUUUUGGACUUUCCGAAGACACUGCCAAUAAGGCUGCAUUUGAAAACAGCAAGACCUCUGCUGCAACAUCACCUAAGAUUGAACCUGAGAGGGACAGUCCAAAACAGAGACCAAAGUACACAACAAUCAACUAUGGGGAUCCUUCAGUCAAACAAACAUAUAAACCCAAAGUCAUACGAUUUACUGACACCUUCACUUUCUAGGGCGGUGCCACUGAACAGACUGUGACAAUCUCAAAACUGGAAUCAAUAUUUACUGUAUAAGCACUGUAUCCAUUUCAAGGAUACUGUAUACGGACUUUGCAGAUAACAAUUCAUUGUCAAGUGUUCAGUAUAAGGGUAGGAAAAAAAACUGAUGCCAUGAGGGUAUUUUGUUCCAACACUGAUAACCUCCAAAUGACUUACAGCAGUUAACACUGGCUGGGCAACACCUUAUCAAGGUUGAACUGUUGCAAACAGCACUGCCAACGUGAUAACAGUUUCUUUCUGCACAAAAAGCAUCAUCUAUCUGUGCAGCACUUGAAAUGGUUCCUCGCUGUAUCAACACUGUUAACAUAGUAGGCUGUUUCAAGUGGACCAAAAACAAGUAUUAACAUAUCAUAAUAUGAUAAGAAGACUGAGUAUUAGAAGAGUAGUUUGACCUUUACAUUUUGAGUUUUGAGUUUAAUUCGAUAUAAAUCUAUAUUAAUCCAUCAAUCCAUUUUCUGGUUGUUGGGGACAGGUUGCAGCGACAGCAGGCUAAGCAAGAAAGUGACAUCCCUCUUCCCAGCAGGGUUUUCCAGCUGCUCCUAGGGGGAUCCAGAGGCAUUCCCAAUCCAGAUUACUUAAGUCAGAGACGCAGGCUGUUUAUGUUUAACUGUCUACUGUAUCAUACCCAAUAACGUUACAUGCAAACCCCCCUUUUCUUUCUCUUUAACUGUCAAGAUACAGCACAUUAUAUUUUAUUGGAUGUUUCUUGUUCAUCUUUCUUAAAUAAACAUCUCAAAGCGAU